AGCUGAGAAUAUAAUGUUCAUUAUUUGUGCAAAAUAUCAUGCGAUAUAUAAUUAUGUGAACAUACAUUUUAAAGCUCUUUUAAAUAUUUAUUAAAUAUGCAAUUCUCUUAGACCUAGACUUAAUAGACGUUUUUGCUGCAACCUUGACACACUCUUACCCUAAAAAGAAUCAUGUUAAAUAGAUAAGUUUUGGCAAAAGAACAAAAACCGUACACGUUUUCUUGAUAACAAUGUUGAUAUGUGAUUCAUGACCUUGAAAAUCGGUAUAUAAAGGCAAGAGAAUUUUCAAAUUUAUAGCAAACCGAAAUCAGCAAAGAGCCGCUCAAGCUGAAAUCAAAUAUGAGUGAGCAACAAGCAAAAGUCUUUGAGGUGCUCUGCGUGCUUGUCCUGACUGGAGGACUACGUCCUUGUGCUGCGGAAGUAUUUCAGCAAUGCAACAACGUGGACGCGGAUACAUUUGUUAUGGUCAUCGAGGACUGCACUAGCUACAUCUACUGCAACGGCGAGGACUCCUUCAGGGACAGCUGCCCAGAGCAAACGUACUUCGAUGCCCAGGCGCAGGAGUGCGCCUUUGACGAUACGGGCAUUUGCUUGAAGGCACAGGAGGCGACAACAGUUGCAGCAGCAGCGGCAGCAGAAGCUGUAGAUGCGACAACUAGUGACAACUCCGACGGAGUGCAGAUUGAUGCAGCAACCGAUGCGCCCACUGAUCCAGACUCGGAGCAGCAGACGAAGCCAGCGGGCAAUAGGCCGCACUGCGACUCCACGGGCGAUGGCUACCAUCCGCAUCCAGAGCGCUGCGAGUACUACUAUAGCUGCAUCGCUGGCUACCUGACCAUAGUGCGAUGUCCCUACAAAUACGGCUGGGAUUAUGCGCAGCAGCAGUGCAGGCCCCUGCCGGAGGCGCGAUGCUUCAGCUUAUAGAGCACCUAGGAUCCAUAGACUUAAGAAUAGUAUUGAGCUAACCCAGAUUUACAAGGCAACUGUGCGAGAUGACAAUAAUAAAUAAGUAUUUCUGGCAUUCAAAUG